CCACGCGAUUAUUUUAAAUAUUUUUUAAUAAUAAUAAUAAUAAUAAUAAUAAUAAUAAUAAUGAUAAUAAAUUAUGGUAUGGACUUGCUAUUAAUUAUUGUAUGAUAUUUAAUAUUUUUAUUUUUCAAUCAAAAUUAUUUAUUAGUCUCGAGUAACUUGUAGUCUGAUUCGUUUUCUUUAUAAAAAGUUCGAGUAGCCGGCAGAACUUCGUCGACCUUCGCAGGUAAAAAUAUGGCUGACGAUUCUAGUGAACCGGGGGUCGAAAUCAGUACUAAAGGGGAUGGUGGUAACAGUGGACGUAGGCUGUCCCGAGUCUUAUUUUAUUUAAAUGUCUUUUGAUCUUUGCGCCAUGAAAUAAAUUUAUUUAAUUACUUAACUCAAAUUAAAUUUAUUUUGUCUCUUAACAAACUAUUAUUUCAUUAAAACUUGAAUUUAAAUUUCCUCUGUUUAAAUUAUUUUCCAUGUUGGUAAAAAUUGUGAAAUCAUUUACUUGAUAAAAUAAAGUGUCAGAUAAAAAGUAAACUUGGAAUUCAUUAUUUACUUUUAAAAAAUAUUCACAAACUUGUGGAAACAAACGUAAAUCUGGUUAUGAGAAAACUAAAAUGAUGAAGGGGGACAUGAUUGUCAUUGAAGUCCCGAGGGAUAAUGGACCGUCUUCCAGCAUUAUUGGUAACCCGGAGGAAAUGGAGACUGAUGACUUUGGUGUGGAAGCUGAGCUGACAAGUUUGUCGUGGCUUCAAUCACUUGACAUUACCAGCGCAUCAAGUUUACCUACGCCACCAUGCUCACCAUCUCCACCGCCUGUUGUAAAACGACCACCAAAAAAAAUGUCACCGCUUGUCAAAGCUGAACUUGAUUUAGCUGACAAUGCAGAAAAAUAUCACACAGAUCCUGAUCUUAAACCACCAUUUUCAUACGCAACACUAAUAUGCCUCGCAAUGCGCGCUAACAAUAAUAAAUUAACACUAUCAAGUAUUUACGCAUGGAUACGUGAAAAUUUUGUUUAUUAUCGACAUGCCGACCCAGCUUGGCAGAACUCAAUAAGACACAACUUGUCAUUGAACAAGUGUUUUAUAAAAUUACCGCGUUCGAAAGACGAGCCUGGCAAGGGUGGCUUCUGGAAGCUAGAUCUCGAGUGUCUUGAGGAUGGGAAACGUACCCGAAGACGGUCAGGGGCCUCCAGAUACAACAGAACAUCGAGCAAGACUUCAUCCUCCACAUCUGUGCCGACGACACCGACGAUCCUGCCGCAGGCGGCGUCGGUCGCGACGGGGGAAAUCACGACGGAAAUAAUAACGACUAUGAAUCUAAAUGACCCUAAAAUAACGACGGUCUUUUACGAGACUCCGCCAAGCAGCGUAUCGCCACCGAUACCUGAUUGUUUACCUGAAGUGCCUGAAUCAAACCAAGUUAGUCUUAGUGAAGAUGACCUGACAGGGCUGCUAAUUGCGACUGUAGGCUGGGAUGAGAAUCAACUUGAUCUUCUUGAUUCUCUACUCGACUCACUUUAAAUUUUUUAUUUAUUCGUACCAAUAGUAGAGACGAAUAUAAUUUUUUUAAAUAAACUCAAAUUUUUAUCCAACAUUUAGAUGUAAUUGUAAACAUAUAUAUUAUAUACAUUCAUAAAUAUACAUAGAUCUUUAUGAUAAAAACCGAUGGACAAAUGGAUGGAGAGACGUUUUUUUUUUCGGGAUACUUUUUGUAGGAAAUGAAUUUUUGAUUGAGGAGAUACUGAGACUUGAUUAUGAGUUGCCUUAAAUUUGAACAAAUAAAUUAACGUCAGCUCAGAAUUUUUGAGUAUUACAAGAGAUGAAUUGUUUAAUCAUGGGUUAACUCAAAAAUAAAAAUUAUGUGCCUUGAAAUUACAAAAUUUUAUUAAAUAGAAGUAAAAUAUUUAUUUCUUAUAUAUUUAAUUUAUUGAUGUGCAAUUGUAAAUAUUUGCAAUUUGUCUAGAUUAUUUAUAGAAAUGCUUUCGAGCGAUUUGAUCAAAAAAAGUAACAAUCAAAUUGUCAAAAUAAUUAUUAUUUCAGACAAUUAAUUAUUUUUAGUUUUAUUGUAAUUGUAAAUUUUUAGUUAUUUAUUAUUACGGUUGUAAUUUCCACGGCGUUUAUUUUAGACUAAUUAACGUCAGUGUGUACAUUAUUUAAAAGUGUGGAUUAAUUAUUUACGCUCUUAUUUAUUGGUAAUAAGAGAGAGCCUUAUAUUGAACCGUCCAAUAAACAAGUAGAUUUAUUUAUUUACGUAUCAUGAUUAUUAUUAAUAAGUUAAUUAUAAUUUUUGUGUGGAUUAUAAACGAAAGAUGGAAUACUUUGGCUGUAAACAUGAUGGCCUCUGAGCGUUUGACAGUUUAGAAAUUAGAUAACUAAUGGAAACAAUAAGUUGAUAUACAUAUAAAGUGGAAAAGAUAUGAUUUCUCGUAAU